AUGGCCUUUGGAAGGUCAGACAGAUGGUGUGCAGGGUGGGACGAGUCUUUCAAAGUAUUUCUUGCUUUCUGGAGGCAGCGGGAGGUGAAGGUGGUGGUUGUCGGGCUCGACUCAGCUGGCAAAACCUCUCUGCUCUAUAGGCUCAAACUGAAGGAGUUUGUGAACACGAUCCCCACCAAGGGCUUCAACACGGAGAAGAUUAAAGUGGCUGUGGGGGCUUCUCGGUCGAUAACCUUCCAGGUGUGGGAUGUUGGCGGUCAGGAGAAGCUGCGUCCGCUGUGGAAAUCUUACACCCGCAGGACGGAUGGGAUGGUGUUCGUGGUGGACUCCACUGAGCAAGAGCGCAUGGAGGAAGCCAAAGUCGAGCUCCAUAAGAUCACCCGUACCUCAGAGAACCAGGGCGUCCCCGUGUUGAUCCUGGCCAACAAACAGGACCUGGAUUCGGCCUUGUCUGUCACCGAGGUGGAGAAGCUGCUCUCCGUUCACGAACUGAGCACGUACACGCUGCAUCACGUGCAGAGCUGCAGUGCCGUGGACGGUCAGGGAGUCCAACCGGGCCUGGAGAAACUUUACGAGAUGAUCUUAAAGAGGAAGAAGAUGGUGAAACACAACAGAAACAGGAGAAGAUGA